AUGAUAGUGGAUCUGAAAGCAAAGUGGAACCUAACAAAUGUGAACUGUCAAAGAACUCUGAUAUGGAACAGUCUUCAGAUAGCAAAGUCAAAAAUCUCUUUGCUUCCUUUCCAACGGAAGAAUCUUCAAUCAACUACACAUUUAAAACACCAGAAAAGGGAUUUAAUUUUAGCCUUUUUAAAUCUAAUCCCAUGGCCUUUUGGACUAGCACCCCUUCCUCACAGCCUGAGAACAAAGAUCAUUUUUAGAAGUGUGGCUACUAGAGUGGAAGAAGAAGUGGGAUCUGUUGAAGGCCUUCAAGAACAGAAUCUUUUAUUAGAAUAUGAAAAGCAGUCAGAGCAACUGGAUGUGGAAAAAGAACGUGCUGAUAAUUUUGAGCGUCAUAUUGAAGACCUUACAAGACAAUUAAGAAAUUCGACUUUGCAGUGUGAAAAAAUAAAUUCUAAUACUGAAGAUCUCCUGGCUCGUAUUGAGACACUACAGUCUAAUGCCAAAUUAUUAGAAGUACAGAUUUUAGAAGUCCAGAGAGCCAAAGCAAUGAUAGACAAAGAAUUAGAAGCUGAAAAACUUCAGAAAGAACAGAAGAUAAAGGAACAUGCCACUACUGUAAAUGAACUUGAAGAACUUCAGGUACAACUUCAAAAGGAAAAGAAACAGCUUCAGAAAACCAUGCAAGAAUUAGAGCUGGUUAAAAAGGAUGCCCAACAGACCACAUUGAUGAAUAUGGAAAUAGCUGAUUAUGAACGUUUGAUGAAAGAACUAACAAAGUUAACUAAUAAAAACAACAAGAUAGAAGAUUUGGAGCAAGAAAUAAAAAUUCAAAAACAGAAACAAGAAACCCUACAAGAAGAAAUAACUUCAUUACAGUCUUCAGUACAACAAUAUGAAGAAAAAAACACCAAAAUCAAGCAAUUGCUUGUGAAAACCAAAAAGGAACUGGCAGAUUCAAAGCAAGCAGAAACUGAUCACUUAAUACUUCAAGCAUCUUUAAAAGGUGAGCUGGAGGCAAGCCAGCAGCACGUAGAAGUCUAUAAAAUACAGCUGGCUGAAAUAACAUCAGAGAAGCACAAAAUCCACGAGCACCUGAAAACCUCUGCGGAACAGCACCAGCGUACGCUAAGUGCGUACCAGCAGAGAGUGACAGCACUACAGGAAGAGAGCCGUGCUGCCAAGUUUCUUAACUGGAGUUCUUCAUCUGAAAUGUGUGACAGAUUAUUUGAACUAGAUGACAGCCAGUGUCAGUUCUCAUCAAGUUAUUUCACAAUGAGUACAGUAUUGUGUUCAAUACAAUCAGAGAACAUGAUGAUGAAAUCUGAACAUACACAGACUGUGAGUCAGCUCACAUCCCAGAACGAGGUCCUUCGAAAUAGCUUCCGAGAUCAAGUGCGACAUUUGCAGGAAGAGCACAGAAAGACAGUGGAGACAUUACAGCAGCGGCUCUCCAAGAUGGAAGCACAGCUCUUCCAGCUUAAGAAUGAACCGACCACAAGAAGCCCAGUUUCCUCUCAACAAUCUUUGAAGAACCUUCGAGAAAGGAGAAACACAGACCUCCCACUUCUAGACAUGCACACUGUAACCCGGGAAGAGGGAGAAGGCAUGGAAACAACUGAUACUGAGUCUGUGUCUUCCACCAGCACAUACACACAGUCUUUAGAGCAGCUGCUUAAUUCUCCCGAAACUAAACUUGAGCCUCCAUUAUGGCAUGCUGAAUUUACCAAAGAAGAGUUGGUUCAGAAGCUCAGUUCCACCACAAAAAGUGCAGAUCACUUAAACGGCCUGCUUCAGGAAACAGAAGCAACCAAUGCAAUCCUUAUGGAGCAAAUUAAGCUUCUCAAAAGUGAAAUAAGAAGAUUGGAAAGGAAUCAAGAGCGAGAGAAGUCUGCAGCUAACCUGGAAUACUUGAAGAACGUCUUGCUGCACUUCAUUUUCUUGAAACCAGGUAGUGAAAGAGAGAGACUUCUUCCUGUUAUAAAUACAAUGUUGCAGCUCAGCCCUGAAGAAAAGGGAAAACUUGCUGCGAUUGCUCAAGGUGAGGAAGAAAAUGCUUCCCGUUCUUCUGGAUGGGCAUCCUAUCUUCAUAGUUGGUCUGGACUUCGAUAGGUUGAUGGAAGGAAUAUUUUUAUUAACCAAAUAGAAUCUAUUUACAAAAAUGGUUCAUGUAUAUUACCAUCAUUCUUUUGUCAAAAAGUGUGUAUAUAUGUUUGCAUCUACAUAUAUUUGUACAUCUAUAUGACAGAUGUAUUUUAAAAGUUUCAACUUGAAGUAAAAGUACAACAGCUUGAAGUGUUGAUACCAGGCCACAGCCCUCUGACUCGUGAUCUCCCGUGCAUGCUGCCAGAAUAAAACCACCAGGAAUGAAUUCACUCCCCACUUCUCUGAAACCUCAGGACCCGCCCAUUUCUCGGCAGUACUGUGAAUUUUGAAGUUAAACUAAAUUUUGGUACCAUACCAACUGGAAUUUAGGCUUUAAAAAUAAUGUUUCAAGGCCAGGUGUGGUGAUUCAUGCCUGAAAUCCCACUACUUUGGGAGGCUGAGGCUGGAGAAUCACUUGAGGCUAGUGAGCUGUGAUUGUACCGCUGCACUUCAGCUCAGGGAACAGAGCGAGACCUUGUCUCUAAAAAUAAUAAUAGUAAUAAAAUAAAAAUAACGUUUUAUGACUAUUUAUUGCAAGGUCAGAUUUACAGAUUGUUAUAAAUUGUUGAGAAAUUUUUGUGAUUAGAAUAUGAAUGAAAAAGCUUUAUUGGUAAAAGUGACAUGUUAAGGGGCUAUGAAGUAAAUAUGCUGCAGUUAAUUAUGCUAAGUUAAACUACAAUUUAGUUAUUUGCUUUAAAAUAAACUGUUCUUUUUUUUUAUACUAUCUUAAAACUCAUUAUGUUGUCAGAGCCCUAGAGCUAGCUAGUAUAACACUGACUAUGAAUAGGUGGGCCCACCACCUGAGUCGAGGUGAUUUCGUGGUGCCUCUCCAGGCUCUUGGCAUGGUGUCACUGCAUGCAAGCCAUGAAUCUGUUUUCAGAAUCCUCUCCAUUUUCCCAAAUAAAAACCUAUCACAACAGUGACUAUAUCACUCAGCAUUGUAUCUAAAUAUAAAACUGGUGCUUUCAGUGUUUUUGGCAGAUAGUGUUCCAUAAGCUUUCCAUCAGAAGGGAUUUUAGAAAGACAUCUUAGAGGUCCGUGCUACAUCUUCACAGUUCCUCUGAAUAACCUUAGGGUGGUAGUCUUACUUGCCUUUGACACCUCUGCAUAUGUUUUAAUGACUAGAUCAAAACUAAAUCAAAAAUUGGAUAAUUUUUAAUAUUUAUGUGUUAAUCACACAGUAUGCUCUCUGAAGUUCUCUUAAGCCUUCAGUUUGUACUCUUAAUUUUCUUUCUGAGCUGGAGAACUGACUUUGCACUUUGGUUACACAGAACAUUGGUUUCCAAUUUAGUUUAACUGAAAUUUGCUGCUGGAUAUGUUGAGUUUGUUCUUUAAAAAAUAUCUCAUAUAUCUUGUCUUUCCUCCUGUCUUAGAAGAACAGACCUAACUAGUGAAUGUAUUAAUGAAAAUGCAUCUAUUUCAGAGCUGACAUGAAGAGUUUAGUUUUUUUACUUUAUAAACUGUGAAUAUGAGUAUGCCAGCUGCAUACAAUGUAACUAAUCAUAUUUAAAUAUAUUUCACUUUCUCUUUGACUUUAGACCUUUUGAAGUCUGUAUAAACUUGUUUUGAAAUAUAGUCUCUACUUAACGAAUGUCAUAACAAUACUUUUUUGCAUGAUAAAAAAUUAUUACUUUGAUUACAAAAGGCAUAUUUUCUCAUGGUUUCCGCAAUGAGAGGAAGUGUAAUGAUUAUUUUAAUAUUUCUAUUAAAUAUGUUUAACUGUA